CGACUCCGUCGAUUUUACAUGGCGCGACGAGAGGAAUGUGACCAGAUCUGAAAGAGUCCGCCGUUCUGACCGGUCAACCUGAAGGGGAAGGCUGGGAGGCGAAGACAAAGACAAAGACGGGAUCACGGGAGGAGAAAUCCAGAUCCUACAGAAAGGACUAAGGUCUGCGGACUGCAGACUUCACCGCAGUAGCCGCCCAGAGGUGCUUCGGUUCGUGGCUCCGGCUCUGUGUCACGGUUUGCUCUGUCAUGAGCCAGGUUCGUGGUAGUUGGGGCUGGAAAGCUGCGAGGGGUUGAAAGACGGGAAAAGGUGGGGCUGGCUUCGGGGAGGCAACGACACUUGGUAAGUUGUUAAGAUGACGAAAAAGCAGACAUUUGUAAAGCGACAAUUGGACUCUAACUAUUGCAGCGUCAACCGGAUGACAUAGCGAUAAGACAACAGCGGUUUUCUUUCCCAGGAGCCCGAAAAUUGGAACAUGACAAGUGGAUACUCUGUCAUGAUCUAAAGUGCGUCUCACUCUUCAGGAGCCGGAUGUAUGGCACCAGCAACCCGUUCGGAAGCCCGCGCCUUGCUCCUCUGCGAAGGAAAAUCCCGAUCCGAAUCCCUCCCCUGCCAAGUUUCUCCAUCACGCUCAUCGCGAAUUCCAAAAAUUCCUUCAAUUCCCCGGGGCGACUAAACGACAAACAGCCUUCAACCAUUGCAACAGAAAGAAACAGACGGAAUUUAUUUUAGCUGUAAUAGAUUUCGAUUAUCAUUCAACCUCCGAAAAUAACCACGCAUACGUGACAAACUUGAAAAGUUUCAAGUUUGUCACUUUGCAUCGGAAGAUGAGAUCGGCGGAGAAGGGAACAGAAUUCCCGUGCCAGAUGCCCGAGUUUUGAACGCAGUCGGGGGACACAGCGAAGAAGUCAUAUCGUUGCCCUUGUCCCAGGGAGCGACUGAAUCCUUAUCGGAGGCGGUAAAUUUGCUCGCGUAUUACCGGGGCCAUUUUGUCUAAUCUGCUGUUCGCUUUCCAGUCCGGAGUAGGAAAAUGAGGCGGUCGCACCUGAAUGCUACGACGUGGAGAGAGCCAACAAGAGCAGACCACGUGUUCAAGACAAGUCAGCUGUGCUGGAAACGUCGAAUUUCCUGAGGAAAAGAAAGAGGUCCAAAUGUGAAAGGUGCAAUGGAGCCGAGAAUAAAGAGGCACCGGCAGCCUACAGGACGUAGCGGCUCGGACGUUGCCGGAUUAAUUCCACCCGCGCGGCCGAGACCCGAAGUAAAGCGGAGAUGACGCUGGAGUCACGAGGAUGGGAGGACGCUCCAUCCCUCUCACAGUCUACGCCUACACCGGAAGAAUGUUUCCUUAGAUACGACCGCCAUGAAAACAGAAAUGGCUUCUAAGCCUGACAGACGGCGGGUGAUGUGACGUGCGAGCUCUUUGAAUAUUUCCCUGGUUUUGCCGGUCCUCUCCCGUCGAGGACCCGUCUCGCAUGCUAUUCCUUGCGAACUGGAGUCCAGAUCGUGCGCAAAGUCAGGUCCUCGGACGCCAAUGUUGGGACGACACGCGUAUCCUCGACGAAAUCCCGAUCGAGAAGGAGCAUCCUUUUUCGUAUUAAUUCCCGGACAAAUCGAUAAAUUUGUAAGCCUGCGGGAGCAGGAGUGGUACUACUGUUCUCACUCCGACGCCAAGACCGGAUGCGGCGAAAUUACCGCCCGGCUCUUCAGUCCUGGUUCUUCGACUGCGGCAGAGCGGCUUACGCAGUGCAGUCGAGAAAAAUCAUCCCUAAUUUUUGCGCAUAAAACAGGAAUGCAUUACGCAAACAUCAGAAGAACAUGCAACUACAGAGUAUGGACCUAUUUCAGCCAGCCAUUUUACAUAAUGAGCAAGCCCCUAGUCUACCUGAGUUUGAUACGGAUCUGUUUAAAACUACAUGAUCUAGAUUUAGUUAAAAGUUACGAGGGUGAAUCUGUACAAAUAUAUGAAAAUCCAAAGUACAUUCGCCAUCAUGAUUUGGACAUGGACAAAUUUAAUAUCCUAGUGUCCAGCUUGACUCGAGAACAACUUAAUACAGUGCCCCAAACAAACAAACGAUGCAUUUUUGUUCAUGCAUUGUGAUGUUGUGCUGGUCUUACCUCGUAACUAUGUGCACCUGCAAUCAGC